GGCCUCGACAUACAAAUCACCGAACCUCUCCCCCAGAAGUUUAGGCAGCUUGCCCAAACCUGACAAUGCCUUUCUCCACUUGAGAGCCUCAAACCAAGUGUCGACAAAAGUCUGCUGGACGUCGCUUCCUCCAUCACCGUCCUCGUUCCACUCUGAUGUAGACCACUUGUUAUGAACAUCAUCCCACUGUUCCUUACCACCCUUGGGCUUGCUGGGGUUCCAAUCAUCUUCGGGGGACUCCGUUUCGGGAAACGGCUUCUCCGCUUGAAGGACUCUCUCACCUUGAGCAAGGAUAUUGAAGGCUUUGAGGGUAUCCUCAGACAUCUUUGCUGGUGGGCCUUGCAUGAGGACACCCAUUAUAUGCUUCAAGCUACCAGAGUUAUUGUCGAGCAAAUCGUCGAUAUUGUUACCUUGACUGCUCUUCGUAGGAUCCCGACUCUCAUCGUCGGUUCCAUCUCAUUAGCGAAUUGUCGAUGACUACUGCAGUUGGAUUUACAUUUGGCCCAGGGACAAGUUGGGACUUGCUUAUACUCCUGUGUCAUGCCCCAUUUCGCACGGGCUUUGCCAUCUUGAGCGAUCUCAAUCUUCAUCUCAGACUUGGUCAUAGCCUCCUUGAGAUGCAUUGGCCGAGCGUAGAUAGGAGGACCCUUCGACGAGACCGAGUUGACUAAGUUUUCGUCCUCAUCGAUUUGCUUGGCAUCUUGGACAGCCUGAAGAAGAUUGGCAAAAGAUCACCAUGCUUCCGAGCUCAGGUGAUAAUUGGUUCAUAUGGAGUACUGUCCCAAAACCACUCGUCGAUGAGAAGGAUGAAGGUGAUCCAGAUGCUGAUCUUCGUAUCCUUCGCCUUCCUUCCUUUGUUCAGAAACAAAUGGACUUACUCAACGCGAACAUGAGAUCCUUCACUGAUGAGGAUGGGAACAAGCAGGAUUCCUUCAGUGACACUGUUACAAACUCUGCACUGCUCGCCAUGCAGCUGAAUGAUCCUUACUAUCAGCUAGUCAUAGCCUUAGACAAAGAAGAGGCAUCGGGAGAUCAAGCAGCUCCAGCUCCGCUGUCCACUUUAAGGAGUGCAGCCACCAGGCCUGUCCAAGAACUCUGCAGCCUGCAGUUCAUGACACCUACCACUGUCCCUAGAGUUCCACAGCUUGAGGAUGAUGAUCUUGAUACACCAGAGACAGACACCAUUGUUCCCUUCAAGGGGCGUAUUUGGACACCGUUGCCGAGACAUGGGGACGCGAUGAGAGCUUUGUGGUGAGGUCUCGUACUCUGGGACAGCAUCUCCCCCCUCGCCAUCGUGCACCGAUCACAGAGCAUCUCCAUGGUGCUUUGAGAUCACAGAUCCCUCAUGGUGUCCCAGUGCAGCGGGUCGUCAGUACAAGAAGUCUAGGGGUCCCUCAAGUGAGCAUGCUCAUGAGAACAGCGAGUGCCAGCUCCCAGGCUUCUAACCUAGCUGGUCCGCCUAUCUAUAAGUGCAACGCAUAUUCUCUCUGGCAAGACGUCAUCAUCCAAGAUAAAGACUGCCUACCCCAAGACAUCGUCUUCUCGCACUCUCUAUGGUAAUAGAGUAGAAGGCAAAGCAAUGCAUCUUCGCAAAUGGACUCAAGUCCUCGAAGUCUUUGUUCUGGUCUUCUGGGGCUAGAUACUUCCAGGCUUUGUCCCGCAUAUUUUUUGCCUGCAUCUCAGGACUUGGCCGUUGGGGAAUGGACUCGUGGCCAUCUGGUAGCUCGAAACGGUUGCGGUGUCUGAGAAACCAAGCAAAGUAGCGUCCAGUACCGCCCUUGGGCAACUCCUCGAAUUUCUCAACUAUCCUUUUCACGAGAUAUUCAUUGUCACCUGAGUCCGACUUCCACUGGUGAAGUUCUUCACGUGUGAUAGGAAAAUGGUGGUAACGAAGAAGUCCCGCGAAAAGUCCCGCUAGAUGAGAUUCUUCAUACGAACUUUGGCAUCGGUCGAACCAGUAGUCUUGCCUUACCUGGGAGUCUGUAGGAAUUAUAUCCUCACGGACGUCCUGAUAAAGGUAGUCAGCCGAGGUGACUUGCCGCAUGUUGCAUUUGAGGAGGUGUGACAAUGGCAUUCUCCGCUCACAGCGUUUGUUGCAGAACCGACCUUGUCGACAGUAAGAGCAUCGUCGAGUGGUUUUGUCGAAGCAAGUAGUACAUGAUGAUAUAGCACUUUCUGCGGGCGUCAUAUCAUAUACUUCAACUAUUGAGGUCUCCUCGUCUUGAAGAGAAUUCGGCAGGCUGGAGAAAUUCCUUUUUAGUAUACAGCACGGGAAUACUGAGUAGUCUAGGACCAGCGUAUCAAAUAACUAACCUGUUAUGGCUCGACGUUCC